AGGCGAGGAAUCUUGACCUGAAUAAAUCAAAGAGGCGCUGUAACUGUUAAGAGAGGAGCUGUGCUAUUUAUUGCUGGUCAACAAGCAUUGGCACGAGAUUAACGCAGAUGGCGAAAUUGGGCACGUUUUAAUCUUCCCCUAGAACUAAAUUUGGAAAAGCUAAAAAUAAAAGUUACUUUGGCCAGUAGGAAUUGGCAAUUUGGACUGGGGGCCACAGAUCAUCUUGAAUCGACAAGAACGAUUACCCAGAAAGAUUCCAGGCAUGUUCUUUGCGUUGCACGGCCUCGAUCGCGUGACGACCAAAUCCUUCGAAAUCGGACGAUUGGGCCGGCAUUGAACAAGUCUAAUCCACCGGCCACGCUGUCCUGACAAAUUUUAUCAUUUUUUAACUCUUAAGUAGGUGAUUUGUGGGAUAGAAGUCCAUGCAUUGAACACGCAGAGAUUGUCCAUUUCUAAGGUGAGCCACACGCCUCUAGCGAGCAAAACACACAUUCUCGGAUCGCUAGCAGAAGCGCCCAAUUCGCCAUUUUUGGACCUUAUUUAGCCGGCUACAGUCACCCUGCCAUAUCGAGUUCUUCGUUUCGAGGCGAAUUUCCCCUAGGGUUUUCUUCGGAUUCAACUUCUAUUGGAGAUGGAUCAUUUCUUCAGAGUCCGUAUGGCCGACGGCAUGCCACCGCCUGAGAGGCUUAUCGAUCAGGGCGUGGAAAUGUGCCCUUUCCUGAGGAACAUUACCGAACCCACAAAUUUUUGCUUUGCCUCGCCGAUAAGAUUUCCUACGCCAGUCGAAGGAGUAAGGGGUCCCAUUUUUGAGGAUGGACCUAACUUUGAGACCGCUUUCAGGCUUUUUCAUGGCCACAAUGGAGUUGUACCUCUUUCUGGAAGGUCCUCAGUUCAAGUUAAUUCUGAAACUUUGUCUGGCACAGAGAAUGCUCCCACCUCAGAAUUUCAUCCAUUUGCAGCAUCUGCUGCAACUAUUAGCCUGUCAGCAUUUGGAGCUGGAGGUCCUUUCAGUUUUGAUUCUUUCAUGGGGAGGAAUAAAAACAUAAAGAGAAAUAAAAAGAAAGGAGACUCGAAUGGAAAAAAGAAGCCAAACCUACGGCAAGAGGAUGGCCUUCAUGAGGCGACUGGCAAAGAAUGGCUAGAGACAGGAAAGUGUCCAAUUGCAAAAUCUUAUCAAGCUGUGAGCAAGGUUUUGCCACUGGUUGCAAAUCUUAUGCAACCUCCACCUGGAAUGAAGAUAAAAUGCCCCCCUGCUAUAGUUGCAGCUCGGGCUGCAUUAGCAAGAACAGCUUUUGUGAAGAAUUUAAGGCCAAAAUCAUUACCUGAAAAGAUGUUUGCAAUUGGGCUUUUGGGUAUGGCUGCUAAUAUUCCAUUAGGUGUUUGGAGAGAACACACUGAAAAGUUUUCACCAUCUUGGUUUAUUGCAAUUCAUUCUGCAAUUCCUUUUGUGGCAAUGCUAAGGAAGGCAGUGAACAUGCCAAAGACGGCUAUGGCAGUCACAAUUGCAGCUUCCAUUCUGGGUCAAGUGAUAGGGUCAAGAGCAGAGAAAGCAAGACUAAAGCAGGCAGAAAAUAUGCCGAAUGUUGAAUAUCACACCUGCGAACAUGCAAAUACAGGUUCUGAAACUGUGAUUCCCGCAAAGGUGUAUGCCUCCAAUGAUGAAUCCUUAUUGAACUCCCAGUGUGGAGUUGAAAUAUGGGAUACUUCUGAGAGAACACAACCCUCUUCUGAUGCCAUUAGAGCUUGUUAAUGACUUUGUACAACAGUAACAAGUUUCUGGUGGCAUGAUUUUUUUGGGCUGGUUUUAAGAAGUAAAGACAUUGAUAAACUGUCAAUUAAUAUGGCGAGCAUUCCACAUGGAAUUAAAAAUAAAGCUUGGUGUUUUGUAGUCUAUCUACCACACAAGAAGUUUUUAUGCAGAUGUACUAUUUAUGUAUUGUCUAGACUCAAAGCUUUGAGUGAAUUUUGCUGUUUGAUGUAUCCUGGAGACUAGGGUAAUCAAAUCUAUGCUGAAUAUAGUUGUAAAAGGGUUUAAUUUGCACUGAAAUGGAAUUCCGAAUUAACUACCUUAA